AGAAUAUAAUACCUGUUGUCGAGUGUGUGAAUGAUCAUACCGAAUCGGUCACUUGAAAUCGCUGUUGUUAAAUCAGUCAGUUAUAAACCACUCGCUCGUUAGAUCUCACAUACAUUUUUAUUCUAUUGAAAUAUUGUUUAUCUGAUAAAAAAAACCCUAUAACUAUUUCAUAUUAUAAUUAUUUUAAUUAUAAUACUUAUAUUUUCUAGUUACUAUUAAUAGUUUUUUUUUCUAAAAUAUCAUGAAGUCGCUUGUGGUUAUUUUGUGUUUAUUUAUCACAGUAUCGCAGUGUCAAUUUAUGGACAUGAGUUUUCUUGACAAUAUGAUGGAAAAUAUGAAUUCUCAAAUAAAUAAUCAAAUGGCGAUUAUGCACCAACAAAUUAACAAUAAUAUUGCCAAUCAAUUGUUAAAUGUCGAUCGACUAAUAAGUAACAUUCAUAACAUUCCAUUACCGCCGGCAGCAAAUGGACAAACAAUAAUUGUCAAUGGAGGCAGUGGUGAAUCACAUACUGUAUUGUCAGGUACUGGUGCCGAUGGGAAAGCAUAUUUCCGAGAUAUUACUGACCGAAUGGUAGGCUCAGUUUUACAUCGUACUGAACGAAUUUAUAAUCCGAAAACUGAUACCAUUGAAACGUAUCAGUAUACUUAUGAUACAUCAAACCCCAAUGCUAAGCCAGUUCUGGUUAAAACUGAUGCUAAAAAGUCCGGUAAUUAAACAUUGAAACCAUAAAUUAAAUUCAUUAUUUUUUUUUAUCUAAGAAACCGUAAAGCGGCGGUUUAUUAAUUCGGUAAUUAAAUUUUUUUGAACAAUGAGCUAAAAAUAAGUAUAAGAAAAUAUAUAUGUAUCAUCUUGAGAAAAUCGUUUUUUGAAAUUGAUUUUAAUUAAAUAUUUCGCUUGAAAAAAAAAAAUAAUAAAUUCAAAAAUAUUGAAAAAUUUAUGUAACUAAAAUUUUAUUUUAUUUUCUCAGUGUAUGAAGAAUUGUAAAAUUUUAUUUUGCUGUUUUAUGUAAAUGUUGACUAUAUAAAUUUAACAUGCACAUAAUACUCGAUCUUAUGAAAAAUAAAUAUGUCAAGAACUCACGAAAAUAUUCAGCAAUAAAUUAUCUUUAGAAUUUUCUUUAUUAAUUUUUAUGUCCAAUAAAUUUUUUAAAAUUUUUCUAUAAAAAAUUUGAUGAAAGGAAAAUAAAAUGUACAUAUAAAUUUCUUUGGUUAAAUAUAUUGAUAAUAAUAA